UCCUACAAAAAAACAAGCCGUUUCGGGAGCAGUGGCUGUGGCUGCCGUGCCUCAGAGCAAUCAUCACAGUUGCGUACGGGGGCGUUCUGUACAGAGCUACUCGUCCGAUGCAGUUACUUUGCAUGGCACAUAUGCCCGGAUACAAAAACUAAUAUUUCCGACAUAGUUACGGCGCGUCGCUAUCUUUUUUGGUAGCACAGGACCUAGAAGUCGUUUCGGGAGUAGUGGCUGCGGCUGGCGUACCUAGAUCACCGAAGCUUGUGGGAGGUUUUUGUACAGGUUUUGUCCGAUCCCGUCGAUGUUUUGCUCAGUCCACCUGGCCAGUUCUAAUACCUAGUAUUGCCGACAGAGCCUCGGUGCGUCGCUUAUCUCGUCAACUCGUCGCAUUCCAUUUCACCCGCUAUCGACGCUUUUCUGGUGCGCGUGUAUACGCCAGUACACGGUUGUCCAAGUGUGAGCACACCGUCGGUUAAGAGACGCAAUUCCAGUCCAUGGAUUUGUGACGCAGCUGGGUAAAGCUCGUCACAUUGAAGACAGUUUUAGUACUUCCGAAAUUUGGUUUCGCGCCCUCCCUCUAGUCUCGAGACCUGGUGGGUGGAUUGUUUUUUUUUUACGCACAACUCACGUCACUCUCCCAACAUGAAACUCGCUGCCGUGUCCAGUGCUGCCUUCGCGGCUGCUUUUUUUCCAGCAGUUGUCAAUGCAAGGAAAGUUGGAAAUCCGGCGGCGCAGCCCAGUGUCCUUGUCAACGAACCGGUGGCCCUAGCUCAGCUCAGCACAUUCCUCGAGCUCGUCGAGGUGCCAUGUAACUCUGUUCAUGUUCAGGGGGUGAUGACCCCGAAUCAAAUGGUCAAAGUGACUGGUGCAGGAUGGGAUAAUGGCGUUCUCGAGUUCUAUGUCACGAGGCCAACGAAGACAGGCGGGGACACAAGCCGAAGCCAUCUUGCGUCGAUCAUGUGUUAUUCCAAGGACAUUGACGGCGUGCCGUCAGACAAAGCGGGAAAGUGCUUUCUGAAGAACUUUUCUGGUGAAGACUCGUCGGAAAUAGACGAAAAAGAAGUAUCUCUGCCCAUCAAGAGCCACAACGAUGCGUUCAUGUUCGUUUGUUCUUCAAAUGAUGGAUCCGCACUCCAGUGUGAUGUUUUCGCCCUUGAUAACACCAACUCUAGCGACGGGUGGAAAGUGAAUACCGUGGAUCUUGGCGUCAGCGUUAGUCCGGAUUUGGCAUUCGGACUCACUGCAGAUGGGGUCAAGGUGAAGAAGUUGUACGCAAGCAGCGGCCUGACAGCGAUCAACGACGAUCCUUCCUUGGGGUGCAAGGCUCCUCCCCAUUCUCCGCCGGCCGGAGAGGAACCGAGUUUGCCGUCGCCUGAAAACAGCGGGUCUGCAACACCAGCGGAAGAAAGUCCGUCUGAGUCUGAAUCUGUCCCGUCUUUGCCUUUGUCUCAAAUUCCCUCAGAAGUGCCCCUGUCCCAAGAGUCGCCAGUACCGCCUCAGGAUGGUGAGAACCCAGAUUCGCCACAAAAUGAAGACAAUUCGAUGCAGGAAGUCGAGAAUAGCGCUUCGCAGUCGGAUAUCGAGGCUCAGCGGCAGGCCGAGAACGGCCGUCUGCCGAGUGACGAUGAGGCGUAAAGAUUCACGACGCACCUGUUUUUGGAUAUACAGUGUAAAGAGCCAGGGCAACAGACAACACUAUUUUGUGGUAUAUGUCGCAUCUGUCGCGCGGACUGGAGUUUCGUGCAUGUCCAGGUUAGUCGGGAACGGUCGAGCGUGAACUCAGUUUUCCCGGUUCGUGAGAACAGGGGCCGGAAGUUUGGUAGUCCCAGCCAUUAGAGGGAUGGAGUGUUUUUGUCUGAAAGUAACAAGUGCGUUCGGCGUCCGGCCCCAGGCCAUCGGCACGCCUGUAGAGGUGGAUUUAUUACCGGAGGCACCGGUCUUGUAUUCUGUAGGAUGAACUCUGCAGGAGAGUAGUGACGUGUUACGUGGAGGGUUUGAGCGAAGUACGCUCGUGAUACGUCGGCUGCAGUGCACCUGACUAUCGACAAAAGCGGAAACUCACGGCCGAAAUGUGUGACGCAACGCAGUCCUUGAUAUUUCAAAAAUAUGUUGCAAUUUUGGAGUUGAAAUGUUUGGAUCUGUUUCCUGCCGACGUGUACCAAGUAUCAACUUCUCAGGUAAUCAGCGAUGGCUGGAAAAUUCAGGCUGCAGGAAGCUGUCUCUACAGGGGGGAUGGGUAGAGCGGAGACUUGAGCAGUCAUCAUUCAGAAAGACGCCACCAUGCACAUCAGCUAUUCUCACUGUGGAGCACCAGACGGCGGUAACUCCUGUCAAGCGGGAAUAUUCAACCCUAAAUGUUUUUUCACUUAAGGCACGCAGCUGUUCUGGCACGCCGGUAGAAACGUAAAUGCCCGGCUUCGCACGUACUAUCGUCAGUUUACGUGUAUUGUGGUUCCACCGGUAGCAGUAGUGUAGUGGUAUGCGGCAGUCGGAGUUUUCAGCUGUGUUCUCCACCGUAAGGCAGUGGACGAAUUAAUUCGUGCGCUGCAGCACCAUGUGUGUACAUCUAGCUAAAGUCCCACCCGUCCGGAAGAAACCUGCGGUAUUUCAGAGAUUCGUCGCAUCGUGUUACAAACUCCCCUUCUGAACUAGUUUGGAGGGUGCGAAUUGUGCUACGAGAGAGAGAGACUGGUUCCGGGCCAUCCCGCCGUUCCUGACUGCAAAAAAUGAUACGCAGACAGAGAAGAGCGACUUAACACUGGAGUUCUCCCUGCGAGAGGACUCUCAAAUAACCACAGAAUAGAGUUCUGCGACGUCGAUUGUUGGGAUUCGGAGUUAUUCUCACGAUAGCCGAGAGAUCUACCUCCUUUCGAGAAGUGAUAUGUGAGGGGGCGCACGUUCAUUUUAGCCGCGUGCGUUGGUAUCCCAUGGCCCCACAUCACGUCGAAAUUUAUGAAGUCAUCGAUGUGGUCUAUCGUGUACGUCCAUUCUAGAACGACGGUAUGACCACCACCUUCGCAGCAUCAUUGCUGCUCUGGGACACCACCCUCUCUAAUUCUCCAUUCUCCGACGCAGUCGCAAACUCUACAACUCAUGUUACGUGCGCUUCAGCACUCAAACAGAGACGGUUUACCAGAGCGUCAUGUAGACCGAGGUCGAUUGCGAAGUCAGCAGCUCUGGAACCUGCCCUCGACGCCGUGGCAUCCCAGUCGUCAUGUAAUGUGGGCACAAGUGCGCUGUCCGUUGCAUUCCAUGUGCAAUAUCCAACUCCAAAAAGACUGUCAUAGUUCUACCAUAUGCUAAGAAGAUUGAUACGAUAGAAUCCUAUCGAAAAGACUUCUAUUAAGGGUGCAGAAAGCCAAGAAACUGCCUGCCCUUUUUGCCGAGUAUUCGUGUAUGAAAUGAAGGACUUUCGGGGAGCGUGGCAUAACAUAAGCAGACUAGUGGCACUUCAGAAAUACACUCCAUUUGUUGCAGUUGCGGCGUACUAGUGCUUUGAGGCACGUUUCUGUCAAAGUGGAGGGUUUAUCUGUACCCCGAUCACGGCUGCACUGCCUCUGUCCAAAUGGUACACAUGGGGGUGUCUCAUAACGAGUGUCAAUUCAUGCGUGCCUCAUGACUCGUCUCCGUGCUGUUCUGUCUACAGUGCGACUACGUCGGCCACCUCCGAACGUUACACAGGUAGCUUACAGAUGAGUUCAGUACGAAGAAGUCCGUGUGCGACACACAACCGGAUAAAGAAGUGGCUCAGAUUUCCUUUUUGUGUCCGGAUCGGAACCGGCGUUCCUGAAUACUGCCAAAAUUAUCCGCUGAUCGUCCGGCAACGUAAAUACGCGGCUGUCCAGCGACUCGUCCUGCAGACUGCGUGCGGGUCGCAACUCGAAUCCUUCACACAACGAAAUUUCGCCGACACAACGGUGUCGAGAUCUCCUCUCGUUUCGGAUCAACCCGACUUCCUGAAUGCGCUCGCGUUCCACCGACUCUGUAGGGGAAGAGCUGUGGCCACACAACCACCGGUAUACAAGCGUUCCG